AUGGAGGAGCGGGAGAGGGGGGCGAGGUCGGCUCGCGCCGGCAGCCCUGCGCGCCCGCCCAGCCCGCGGCUGGAUGUCAGCUCUGACAGCUUCGACCCACUGCUGGCCCUGUACGCGCCUCGCCUGCCUCCUAUCCCCUAUCCCAACGCGCCCUGCUUCAACAACCUGGCCGAGUACGAGAGCUUCCUCAGGACCGGGUGCCGGGGCGGCGGGCGCGGACGGACGCGGGGCGCGGCCGCGGGCUCUGGGGGCCCCGCCACCGCCGCCGCCGGGUCCUUGGGCAGGACCCGCCGCCGCCCGGACAUCCCCGCCCCGGACCCCGAGCGCAUCCAGCGCCUCCGCCGCCUCAUGGUGGCCAAGGAGGAAGGGGACGGGGCCGCCGGGGCGCGGCGGCGGGGUCCGGGUCGGAGCAGGAAGGCGCCGCGCAACGUGCUCACGAGAAUGCCCUUGCACGAAGGCAGCCCUCUGGGUGAACUCCAUCGUUGUAUCCGGGAGGGGGUGAAGGUGAAUGUUCACAUCCGUACUUUCAAGGGACUUCGGGGCGUCUGUACGGGCUUCCUUGUUGCAUUUGACAAGUUCUGGAAUAUGGCACUUACUGAUGUGGAUGAGACCUACCGAAAACCUGUUCUAGGCAAAGCAUAUGAACGGGAUUCUUCAUUGACUCUCACUAGGCUCUUUGAUCGACUAAAACUGCAGGAUUCCUCCAAGAAGGAAACAGAUUCCAAGUCUGCAGUUGAAGACUCCACUCUGUCCAGAUACUCCCAGACAUCCACCUGGAAGGUGGCUUCGGUGUGGGGACGAGGAGACACUGACCGGGGUUCACGCAAGCGUUCCCGCUCCGUCCCUUCUUCCCUGCAGGCAUCGGCAAGGGAGGAGUCCAGGUCAGAGCUGUCAGGGAGGACUACACAGACAGAAGGGUCGAGUGCGGGAGGUACCUUUUCCAGGGCCACCACCCUUUCCAGGGGCCAGCCCCGUAAGAAAAAGCGAAAGCCCAAAGUGGAUUACCAGCAGGUAUUCACUCGACACAUAAAUCAGAUUUUCAUUCGAGGCGAGAAUGUCCUGCUGGUUCAUCUUGCACAGUGACCAGCUCGGCCUCACUUGAGCUUUGGUUUAUAGAAAUAAAUGCAUGAAUCGCUGCUAUGCUAUAUCCUAGUAUCCCAGUGAAGCUAUGUGUUGGAAUGAUUCCCUCUGGUCUGGCAUGUGCAGAGCAUAGAGCCAGGCUCGGGCCCUCUGGAAGAUGAGGUCCCUGAAGGGGAAACAGGCCUUGAGAGGGUGGGUGGGUGUUUGCAUUAAUAUCAAGGCAAAAGCUGUACAGAGGUACAUGCAUCUUAUUUGGUAUCGUGGUCUACUUCAGACACUCAAACCAAAUACUAGAUUUGAAUUAGAGAGCAUGGUAUGAAUUGAAUUCACUCCACAGACACUAUAGCAGGGUGAAGGAAAAAAACACCUCAAAAAGAAUAAUCUCAUUUCUAAAAGCUAGUGCCCUGAGUACUCAUAAAUUUGUUUCUAAGAGUAGCAGUAUAAAUCACCUUGAGCCCUGAACCCACAUCUUGUAACUGACCUUUGAAUUUUGCUCUACACCAUUCUCUCUUGAUCAAGAAACGUAAUUUGUUAUCUUUUAAUACCUAUAAGAUAUAAGAAGCCCACCAAUUUAUGUAAGAGUGAAAUUUGGGUAGGUGGUAUGCUCAAAGCAUCUAGCAAUGAAUGCUGUGUUUUUAUCCCUCUCCACUUUAUGGAAAGAAAUAUGGGACCUCGCGGUUGGUCUUCCUCUUGCCAGAGAUAGCUUCUGCAGAUUGUGUACCAGAUGGGACUAUAAGAUGCUCUUGUCCUUCUCUUUCACUUCUGUGGCAUGGUGAUAGUGCAUGUACCCUGUGUAUUGCCCCUCUGUAUAUAGUGUGACCUGUCCUGUGAGCUUUAUGUCAGGAGACUGUGACCUUCAUGUGUGGCUUCAAAGAGUUCUGCGUGGACUCAAUAAUACACACUCAUCAUGUGGUUGAGAGUACGCUUUCCAGGCAGGGCUGGCCCCUGUCUAGAGUAUCUUUUAGGAUGGUUUCCAUGAAACAGGGGUGGAGUUUUAUUCCCUGUGUCAGGCCAAAGAGGUUCUCACAGAGUACAGCGGUGGUGUCUGUAAGGGACACUUUACUCAGCCCGGCUUGAGUAACAGGAACACUAGACCACCUGCUACUACUACUUCUACUUGAACCAUAUGCUUUUCCAAUCACCAGUGCAAAAUAAGCUAUAUCUUGACACAGACUGUUAGGCAUUGUUGACCUUUUGUUUUGUUAGUUUAUACAUUAUUUGGUUUUAGUUUAGAUAACUUAGGUUCAAAGUGAGAAUGAUAAAUAGCUAACUAGUUAAAACGUUUGAAAAGAAAAACUUCGUCUGCUGUAUUUGUCGUGUUACUUAAAUAAGCCUUCUGAGAAGCUGGUGAAUCAAGUUUAAGGAGCUGGGACUCUGGCUCAUCAUGCAGUGAGAGGAGAGCAGACUAACCCCUCUGUGCCUCAGUUUUUUCCCACCAGACACCUACCUCACAGGGGCACUGAGUAAAAGAAUUUGGGGAAGGCAUUUUAAAGUCUUUUAACACGUGUAAGUGCCAUGAGUGAUUUCUGCUCACCCUGUUUCAUAGCUUGGUAAAAGUUCAGUGUUUCAUGAGCAAGGUAGGUGCUAUAUAAUAGAGAGUAAUCUCCAUAGGUGUCACAGUUACAAUCUUGUUAUCAUCAAAAAGCAGUGAUACCUUCAGGAGCUGUUUUCCAUGUUGCGUUCCUUCCUCCUAAGGGACAAUGGAAGUGCUCAGAGAGUAUCUUCAGUGAAGGAAGAGGGGCAUUUCCUUGCUGCCCCCUGCGUCCCAGCCCCCACCCUCUUCUGGUCACCAUGAGAGGGAAUUCCACUGCUUUUUCUGAGUUUAUAUGACAGCACCGAAGGACAAUGCACACCUAAAAACAGCGCAUCCCCAAAGGGACAUCUUUGGAAGUUGUUUUGUUUGUUUAUUUGAUUUUGUUUCAAAAUGCAUUUUAAAUAUAUUCUUUAGAGCCAGAUGCAUUUUAAAUAUACUCUUUAGAGCCACUAAACAUUUAGAGAAGUUCUAGGUUACAAACGCUCGUGAACAAUUAUCUUUGGAAUCUGCCAGUCUAAAUCUCUUCUAAACAGUAUGUCUAAAAUCUCAGUUCCCCAAUUAGUAGUUGUCUUGUUUAAUCAUCAGGCACCCCUGCCUCUACCUCUUUACCAGUCCUCCCUGUUUGGAAGUCGCCAUCUGUCUGUCCUCUUGUCCCUCAGCCAGAAGCUGUAAUGGUUACUAGAUUUUCCCAAUAAAGUGGAAAUUUGGAAUCAAAAGGAAUAUAAUCAAUUUCCAUUCAUUGUAGUGCCUGAUUAAAUCUAACCUGAUUUAUUUUAAACACAUGCUUGUUUUCUAGUUUGCAUUUAAUUUUCAUGUAUCCAUAUAAGGAUUGAUUUACUGCUUUUCUGCCCAACUUACCAAUUCUGGAUCUGAAAAUUAUUUUAAAACUGUGUGUCAUCUGUCUUAUGUGCCCAUAUACCCCCAUUUAUUUGUUUGGUUUGGACAGUGAUUCUGGAAUGAGUAUUAUCUAGUAGAUGUGCUGUUGUGUACAAAGCAUGAUAACCAUAUUUUUAGAGACGUAAAUUUUUUAAAUUAUUGCUUUUUCUUUAUUAUUGGAGAAAUUGUUCAAAAGGAAUGAAAAACGUGUCCUAAAAAUGUAUAUGCUGCUCAAAAAUGUGAUCAUCUAGGACAUUUAAAUAAGUUGCUAUGGAAAUAGCUGAAGUCUUCCUCAGAAGAAGGCAAGAAAAGAAAAGGGGAAAGUAACAGCCAGAAUGGUAGAUUUCUGGAGGCCCCCCAUCAACUUGUCAAGGGGGUCCUAAGCAGCCAAAGUACAGCAAAACUGGCUUCUGGUAUUCUCUAGGGAUUUGGGCUUGAGACACUAGUACUUAAUUUUGAACAUUCAACUUUGAUUCUUCAAAGUAAUCUCUAGACAUGGCAGUGUGUUUUCAGGGCAGUUCACAGGGCAGACCUGUACACUUGUUGAGGUCUUCUCAGGAGUAUCCAGCUUUGUUAGGAAGUAACAAGGGAUCAAGAAAUGGAAGGUGUGGCUUCACCCCCAGAACGAUUUCAUGAGCCAUUCUUUGUACACAGAGAUGGUUCUACUGCUUCACCACUAGGAGAGACUGUACUUUAGGUUGUUUGUGGUAGUAUUUGGGAAAUAUUUCUGCUUCCUCUCAGAGACCAUUUAUGAUAGGUGGGCCGUUUGUGCAAUGGGUAGCUGGAGUUAUCAGUGUCUAAGGCAGGUGGCCUUGGGCUAGUUGGUUCCUUGCUCUCCGUGCAUGGCGCAUGUCAAGUCAGAAAGCCUAGAAACCAUUAGCGUUAAAGUCUAGGUACAUAGGAAUCCUUGCUAGAGUCGUUAGCGAAUGAAGAAGGGCUUUAUCUAUCCUCAUGGUGGAAAUAAUCCAGGAGUACUUUUAGAGAUUGUCAGGCCAUGAGCUAUGAGCUGCCCUUCAUCCUCAGAAGCCUUACAGAAACCUAGGUGUACUGCUUCUGUCCCUUGAGAAAAAAUGGAAACCUAACUUGAUGUAGAGUGGACAUUUGUAUUUCUGUUUGUACUGUUUCCAUAGCAGCUGACAUGGGCAAAACCAUGAAAUAGAAUCUGUUCUGUAAAUUACUUCUUUAAAUUUCUCUUAAUUUUGCCUUUAGGAAAAAAUUAAAAUUAUUCAAAGACAGCUAGCUGUCACUGGUGCUGCCCCAAAGCUUUCUAAGCCUUUGUGUAUUUUUUUAUGAAUGCAGUGGUUGCUGAGGGAAGGUAAAGAUUCACCUAAGAGUAUCAUGGUGUAAAUGUAAUGGUUUCCAGAUGUUUUAAUUUUCCUUUUCCUGUGCCAGAUAUAGAAUGCAGUUGAUCCCUUUUCAGUAGCUUCUGUUCAUCAGCCUGUGUUCUUCUGGGCAAUAACUCCCAGAAGGCUUUUCUUAGUGAUUGUAAAGAAAGAAAAUCCCAUCUAGGCCUGUGUGGCAAAGGUGAGUGGUCUGUCAUGACUUUCUGGAAAAUUGAGUUGAUGGAUUUAAGAUAAGCCUCUGGGGUUCCUGUCACAGUUUUCUGGGCUCUGAGGAAGGGUUGGACCUCCUUUACUGUCAGUGUUUCGAGUAUUUUUCAAAUGUUUGUAAGUUCUCUUGCACUCCUCUAAUAAAAAUGAAAGCUCUCUGUCAAGAAAUGGCUUUGGAUGGUUUGGAGGUCUAGGGGUGGUGGUGGAAGAAGUACACCUGAGACCUUCAGUUGGUCUUAUUUAUUUAGAAUAAAGAGUAGUUUGAUAAGCUACCAGAGGUAGUGCUUCUUUAAAAACAUUCUCUGAAGAGAUAGGAACUGUCCCUCAGGAAAGCCGUAAAAGCUACUCCCAAUACACUGCAAUUGAUUUUGAUUUUUAGUCCUUCCAAGCAAAUGUCUGAUGUUAUGUCUGAUGUUAUGUUUUUAGAGCUGUCAGGGUGGGGGAAGUGUUUUAAAAAAUUUUAGGGGUGUAUUGAAACAAUGAUUGUCUGGCUGAAUUAUGUGUCGGCUAAGUUCCAGGGCAGAUGUCCGGUUCUUUUUCUGUUGUCCUGACAGCAAAGCAGAUAGUAAGUGAUGUCUUGAAAAGUGAUUUGCUUAUUUCAUACUGACAUCUAAAGGCAUUAGCCUUCUGUUUGGCAGCCCUGGGGAUACCCCUCUGCACCCGUGACUUAUUAAUGUUUUUUAGACAAGGCUAAACCUGGAUGACUCUAUGUAUUUAUAGUUUCACUAUUCAUAUACCAGCUGCUAAAAGAAAAAACAUGACUUUUAUUCUUGUCUUGAAAU